AUGCCCAUCAGAAACAAGCGAGCAAAGAAAGUAAGAAUUAAGCAACAAAGGGAAAAUUAUAGUCGUGCUAAACUCUUAACUAACCAACAAACUCGGCGGCAAAAAAAAGAAGCUACUCUUAGAGUCCAACAAGCCAAACAAGCCAGUC